AUGAACAUGGAAGAUGAUCAACGACCAUGGGCUGAUAUAUGCCCAUAUCUCUUGGAUUCCAUCUAUAACAGACUCUCAUCUCACAUCGACGGUACUCACUUCGGCGACGUAUGCAAGAACUGGCACCAAGUUCACUCUCACAUCGCCCUUUCCAAUCCUCGGCCUGUGUUGAUCAACCAUGCGAAAUUGUCCAGCUCGGACGUCAUCCAAGUGCGGGAGGGGAAACGACUUGUCCUCAAACGACGUCGUGAAUCUCAAAUCCCAUAUGAGCUUACAGCGCUGCCCACUGCGCAGGACUCGACGAUCUUCGUGGUGUAUGGCGACCGCUAUCUCUGCAUGUUUCGUCGUGGAAACUAUGAUGGAUUUGUGCAAAAAACAUACGAUUUCUCCUUGGGUGGCAAAAAAGGACAAACAUGUCUUGGCGUGGGCUACAAAGACGGUAGAUUCUUUUGUUUAUUUGAAAUGGGUGAUAUGUUGAUUUUCAGCAUCAACGAAAAUGAGACCAGAAUGUUGUUGGCGGCAACUAAACCUUUGCUUCCAGAACAACUCCAACGAUGGGAUAGUUUGAGUGUAGAGGCGUUGGUGUUGGCAAAAAAAGCCACAUCUGUAAAUGAUCGAUACCAUGACCAUGAGGUAGAAGAGGUGAUGGGGUUUAGGCUGAUCACUCAUUGGGAGCGAGAUCGUGAGGAGAGCUUCCUACUUGUAGCAGUGGAGGAAAAUGUUUUGAUGGCCACCGAUCUGUUACUGGAGAAGUAA